GGCUCGGUGUAGUCCAAGUUUUAUCAUAUAUUUAUAAUAACGCGCGGUGUGCCACCAGCCGCCUUCUAUUGUUUAAAAGUGCAACAUAGCACAUUCCAUUGAUGUGACGACCAUUUUACUUAAACAUAGAAUACAUCGUACCUUCCACAAACCAAGUCGUGUUUUAUUAAUAUCCUUAAAAACCUACAAGGGGCCCAGAGCCCCACAUCUCAUGGCGACCCUGCCUUAAGAACUAAAGGAAAAACACAAGAUGGGAGGAAAAUGUUCAAAAGAAAAAACCAUAGUGGUAGCCCAAAAUGCUAAUGGAAAAGCAGACGCACGUGAAAUCGAGAUAGAGCAUGGGCAAAUGUCAUUAAGUGAAAUAUUAUUAAUAAUUGUGCUUGCUAUAAUUGUAAUCGGAGUGAUAAUCUAUUGUUAUAAAAAAUGUCAUAAAAAAUCCAUAAAUAUUUUAAGAAGGGAAAUGAAUUUGGCGAGUGUAUCCAGACCGGACGUGUCGCAAUUGCAGAUUUGAGGCCGCGACCCCACGCGAGUUCCGAGAAAUGCACACGUGGGAGUGCUUACGUGACUUAGAUGGCGUUGGAACAAUUAAAUAUAUUAGUAGAAAAAUUAAGCGAAAUUAGAACAUAUUUAGUGAAAAUAGGACCUACGAGAAGAAAAGGUGAAAUAUUAAAAGUAAAGUACAGUGCUGCAAAAAAGUGUUAUGACAAUUAUACUACCUUAAUAGGGAUUAUUCAUACUAAAUUAAGUGAGGACGAAUACAAUCAAGAAACUCAAAAAUAUAUAGUGGACAAUAAAGUUAGGAUAGAAAGUUUAUUUAAGGACAUCUAUAAUUUAUGUAAAUUGCAGGAACCAAUUCCAGCCAUGGAGAAUAAGGUCAAUUUUGAUUUAAAGACGGCCACUAGCCUAUUACCGGAAAUGAAUGAUGACGAGACAACUACAUUAAAAUUAAUAGACGCUACUGAGUUGUACGAUUCAAUGUUAAAUGACCAGGGUAAGUCGUUUCUAAUAAAUUUUAUUUUGAAAACGCGUUUAUCUCGACAUGCAAAGUUACGUCUUUGUCAGACAUAUAACGACGUAGAGACGCUACUUCGUGAUAUGCGCCUACACUUAAUUACAAAAAAAUCUGACAGUGCUCUACAAAGCCAAUUACAGACGGCUGUACAGGCGAAUAAUACUAUAAAAGAUUUUGGUAAAGAAAUUGAAAAAUUAUUUGCAGAUCUCACUAUAGCACAAGCUGAGGGAGAUUCUGCGAAAUAUGAAGUAUUGCGUCCUAUAAAUGAAAGGAUCGCAAUAAAACGAUUCGCUGACGGUUUAAAUAGCCAAAGACUAGGUACUAUCAUAACUGCCCGUAAUUAUGGAUCUUUAAAAGAUGCUAUAAGAGCAGCAGAGGACGAGGCCUUAUCAUAUACUCAACCGCCAUUAUUGUCGUUCCGCGGAAGAAAUAAUUAUUAUUGGAACAGAGGAAAUUAUAACCCUAGAAACCAGUAUAAUAGCAAUAGACCCCAAUAUAAUAGUCACUCGAGAUUCUCUAACACGGUACCUCGUGGACAUUCUGGUAAUUCGCGAAGACCGUACAGGUAUCAAAGGCAAGUAAACUAUUUUAACGAUUCUUCUCAAGAAUCUGCAGUUACACCUACAGAACAAAACACUUCUGGAAAAUUUUUUCGUCCCUAAAUUUAUAUUUUCGGGAAACAGUUUAAAUUGGGUUAAUUUUCAAAGAUAUGGUCGAACAAUAGAUCUAUUAGUAGAUACUGGAGCGUCGCUUUGUGCAAUUAAACGCAGUGCUUUAAAUAAUUUGGUUAAAAAACCACAAUUUAAUAAAGAUAGAUUCGAAAUAAAAGGUGUUGGUGGAAGUCUUAUGUCAGAGGGAUUCAUAUAUCUUGAUAUUUAUUGUUAUGGUAGGAAAUUCGUACAUAAAUUUUACGUUUUUCACGAUUUACCUUGUUGUUCAUCUGGAAUUUUAGGGCAAGAUUUUCUAUCAAAAUAUGGUGGGAUUGUUAACUAUAGAUAUAAAUGUGUAACCUUAAGGAAUAGAUUUAGCAUAGUAAGAUUAAGUCUUAAUUGUAGUGAUUUGUUAGAAAUAGAACCUAGGUGCGAAGUGAUUAAGUAUAUUCCAACUAAUAAAAAUAAGGAGUGUGUAAUUGUUAGUUCUGAAUUGACAAAUGGUGUUUUUAUAGCCAAUUCAAUUUCAGCGCCGAAAAAUGGAUGUUUAGCCAUUAAGAUAUUGAAUACAACAGACGAUAAAGUAGUUUUAAGAAAUAUUAAUCCUAUUAUACACGAUGCAGAUGAUUAUUAUGUAAGCGAUUUUAAGUCUAGUUCAGUAAGUGCCAAUCGAGUGCGUGAAUUAUUCUCUUUGUUAAAAUUACAAAGCUAUUUAAACGAAGACGAACAAGUAUCGAUUGAAAAUAUUUGUGCUAAAUACAGUGAUAUUUUUCAUUUGCCAAAUGAUAAGUUAAGCGUAACUAAUAUCUAUAAACAAGAUAUUAAAUUAAAAGAUAAUGUUUCUGCAGUAUAUAGUAAACCUUAUAGGUUACCUUUUGCACAAAAGAAAGAAAUAACAAAGCAAGUUGAAGAAUUACUUAAAAAUGACAUUAUUGAAGAAACUUGUAGUGAUUGGUCAAGUCCAUUAUUAAUAGUUCCAAAGAAAGCAGAUAAAACAGGUGAAAAGAAAUGGAGAGUAGUUAUAGAUUACCGAAAGUUGAAUGAAAGUAUUAAAGAUGACAAAUUUCCACUUCCUAAUAUAACUGAUAUUUUAGAUUCAUUGUCAGGUUUUGUAUAUUUUUCACAUCUAGAUUUAUCACAGGGAUAUUAUCAAAUUGAAUUAGAACCAGAAAGUAGGAAGUAUACCGCUUUUUCAACUAACCAAGCUCAAUACCAAAUGAAAAGACUUCCAAUGGGUCUCAAGAUAAGCCCAAGUGCAUUUUCAAGAGCAAUAACAGUUGCUAUGACUGGUUUAAAUUAUGACAAAUGUUUAAUAUACUUAGAUGACUUAAUAGUUUUAGGUAGAAAUUUAGACGAUCAUAAUAAAAAUCUAAUCAAAAUAUUUGAGAGACUUAGAAAAGUUAACCUUAAGUUAAAUCCAUUAAAAUGUGAAUUUUUAAAAAAAGAACUAUUGUAUUUAGGUCAUAUUAUCUCAGAUAGUGGAAUUUUACCGGAUCCAGAGAAAGUAAAAGUAGUAAAAAAUUACCCAGUUCCUAAAACAACUGAUGAUGUAAAACGUUUUGUAGCAUUUGCAAACUACUACCGUAAAUUUGUCAAUAAUUUUGCUAGCAUUGUUUUACCUUUAAAUAAACUUUGUAGGAAAAACAUAACUUUUAUGUGGACAUCUGAAUGCGAUGAUGCAUUUAAUAAAUUAAAAAAUAUUCUUAUCAGCCCACCAGUACUAAGCUACCCAGAUUUUUCGAAUGAUAAUGAAUUUAUAUUAGAAACAGAUAGUUCUGGUUUUGCUAUAGGUAGUGUAUUAUAUAAUAAAGAUAGUAAACCGAUUGCUUAUGCAAGCAGAAAUUUAAAUAAAGCCGAACUUAACUACCCAACCAUUGAAAAAGAGCUACUAGCUAUAGUAUGGUCCGUAAAAUACUUUAGACCUUAUUUGUAUGGACGAAAGUUUAGAAUUAGAACAGACCAUAAACCGUUAGUAUACUUAUUUGGUAUGAAAAAUCCUACCAGUCGUUUAACGAAAUUUAGACUUUGUCUGGAAGAAUACGAAUUUGUAAUUGAAUAUGUGAAAGGAAAGAGUAAUGUAGCGGCCGAUGCAUUAUCUCGAAUGAUUGUGGAAUCGAGUGAGUUGAAGGGUAUGAGUGAUAAGAGUGAAAAUGAGAAGUAUGUUAAUGUAAUGACGCGUGGACAGCUUAAGAGAGCGAGAGAGUGUGAGAAUUCAGACAAUAACACGGAUAUUUCUCAAGGAGAUAACAUUAGGACUGAUCACCCAAAUGUUGUUGAAAUACUGAAAAAGACAGUUGAUGACACGGAAUUGACAUUCAUCGAUGAAAGAAACCUAUUUAAUAUUUUAAAAGAUAAGAAGCUUUAUAAACAAGUAUCGAAAAAUAAAAACUUCGUAUAUGUUAAAGAAAGAUUGACGAUUUAUACAUGUUUAAAACUAAAUUCUUUAUCAGCGAGGGCGCGAGACGUCUUGUUGAAAGAGUUAGAACAAUUAUGUAAGGAAAUAAAAAUAAAUGAGCUCAUAAUUAUAAAAAACGAUUUUAAUAUAAAAAUCAUAAAAUCAAUGUUGAAUAAAAUAAAUGAUGAUAAGAGUGAAAAUAAAAAUAAGUUACGCUUUUGCGUAAUAAAUAAUGUUCAAAGAAUAACUGAAAAUGAUACAAAGAAGUUAAUACUUAAUGAUUUCCAUUUAUUACCAACUAGUGGUCAUGCGGGAAUUAGAAGAACACUGAAUAAUAUUAAAAAAUAUUAUUAUUGGCCACGCAUGGAGGCCGAUGUUAUAGAAUUUAUCAAGAAAUGUGAGAAAUGUCAAAAAUGUAAACAUCAUAAACAUGUUAAAGAACCUCUUACAGUAACAACAACAGCGAGUUCAGCGUUAAAUAAGAUAUUCUUAGAUAUUGUAGGACCUAUAGAUAAGGAUGAUUUAGGUUAUAAAUAUAUUUUAACUAUACAAUGUGAACUAACUAAAUAUUUGGAAGCAUAUCCAUUAUUUACAAAAUCAGCACAUGAAAUUGCUAAAGUAUUUGUUGAAAAAUUUAUAUUAACUUACGGUGUGCCUGCAGUUGUCGCUAGUGACUGUGGCAGUGAAUUUAUUUCUAAUAUCAUGAAAGAAACUUGUACUAUUUUAGGUAUACAAAAAUUAUUGUCUACAGCUUACCAUCAUGAAUCUAUUGGUGCAUUAGAGAAUACACAUAAAAGUUUAGGUAAUUUUCUAAGAAUACAAACGAAUGGGUUCCCAAACUCAUGGAGCUCUUGGAUUCCAUUUUGGAAAUUUUCUUAUAAUACAACAGUACACAGUGAAACUAAAUAUACUCCACACGAAUUAGUUUUUGGUCAUGUAUGUGUAUUACCUAAUAAUCUUACAUCAAAAGUUGAACCUUUAUAUAAUUUUGAUAGUUAUCCACACGAACUAAAAUAUAGAUUACAGAAAGCUCAAAAUGAUGCAAGAAAUAAUUUAAUAAAUAGCAAAGAAUUGAGAAAAAUUAAGUAUGAUACUAAAAUAAAUCCAGUAAAAUAUAAAAAGGAUGAUUUAGUUUUGUUGAGAACGGAAGAUACGAAAAAAUUGGAAAAUUUAUAUAAAGGUCCAUAUACAGUUAUAGAAGAUAUGUCACCAAACGUAAAAAUUAAAAUAGAUAAUAAAAUUAAGUUAGUGCAUAAGAACAGAACAGUUCCAUUUCAUACAUAAAUUGUAAGAUUUUAUAUUUUAGUCAAAAAAAAAAAAAAAAAAAAAACGGUGAAGGUGUAGUGAGGCUCGGUGUAGUCCAAGUUUUAUCAUAUAUUUAUAAUAACGCGCGGUGUGCCACCAGCCGCCUUCUAUUGUUUAAAAGUGCAACAUAGCACAUUCCAUUGAUGUGACGACCAUUUUACUUAAACAUAGAAUACAUCGUACCUUCCACAAACCAA